UUUUUAAGGUUAACAAGGAAACAACAAGAGACAAAAGACGAAACAACCGCAAUUUCUCUUGUGUUAACAAAAUUACUGAAAAUAAACUAAGCCAGGAUGACUUUCACCAAGAGUGUAGACCAAACUACAAUCCUGCAAGGAGAUCGCACAAAGCUGAAGGAUUUACUGCGGCUACGUUUGAAUGCCUGUGGCUGGAGUGACCAGGUACGACUGCUUUGUCGCGACGCCAUUAAGGACACGGACGGUGGGGCCAUCAAUUGUGACUCCUUGGUACAGCAGGUUACGCCGAAAGCUCGAGCCUUAAUACCGGAUACGGUUAAAAAAGAAUUGCUGCAGAAAAUUAAAACCAUCCUGAUACAGCAGGAAGGGAUCGACAUUUGAGCUCAGUUGCGGUUGUUGUUUUAAAAUUGACUUAACAAAUAGCGUAGCGCUUUGUGAUUGCAGAACCAAUAAAUUAUGAAAUAAACCUAAAUAUUUGUAGU